AGUUCGAUCAGGCCCAGACAAAGACAGGAUGGCCGCCCACAUCGACAUCGUCUACUGCAUCAGGAAGAAUGUCGCGCCCAACAUGUGGUUGAGCAAGAAGUCCCUCGAGAAUGCGCUCUAUUUGAUAGGGAACGACAAGAACUGGCCAGGCGUUCAAGGCGCCGUGUUGACGAGCUGGUCGAUCGAAAUGAGUGAGAGAAUUCGCGCCAUGCUCAAGCAUGCAAGCACGACGUUCACUAGAAAGACCUGGCCACAGUGGUUCAGCGAGCCGCUCGAGAAGAUUGGCGUGAAGCAAUCAGACCCCAUGUUCGCGAGCGUGAAGUACGUGUACAAGUACGACGAGAUCACACACCAGGCCCCGAUCCGCAUCCCGAUGAUCAACAACAGGAAGUCGGGGCCUCCAGAGAAAUGUUCAAGAAUCGACGGCCCCGACGAGAACGGCAAGCACACGGCCUACUGGGAGAACGACGACGACUGCGAGGACAAGUGGAUGAACGAUUGGACAGACACUCCCGACGGUCUGAAAGUCAAGGCAUUCAUCAUGGCCGACCGCGGCCCAGACAAGCUGAUCAGGGUCCAUCGCACAAUCAAGGGGGGCAAGGGCAAGGAGCAGAUGACGAACAUCAGCUGCGGCUACUUCGAGUCUGAGAAGGCAGCGCUCGAAGCCGUGCACACACGCAUCAUCGAGAAGUUCAAGGACGGCACAAUCAAGACGAAGGCCGAGGCGAACAAGUGCAGGAUCGAGCUGCAGAACGAGCUGAAGAAGCACGCCGCA